UUGUGCGUGUUUUAUUAGCACUCGUUGAAAGAAAUGGGCAAGCAGUUGAAAAUGAGUUUGGAGCCAUUGAACUUGGAACUUUUAUCACCUGUCGUGAAUAUUGGACCAUCAUCUUUGGAGACAAUGACAACAGCUCUAUUACAAGAUAACAACUGUUUACUGCAAGAAAGACAACACCUUGAGGAAUUGGACACAGGUACCCGUUCUUUUUCUCCUAGCAGAAGAAAACUACUUCAUGCAUGCGCAAAAGGAAAUGUCGAUACAGUUAGGAACCUCGUGCAAGAACAAAAAGUUUCACCCAACUUUUACAACUAUGAUAAGAGAACACCACUGCAUUUGGCAGCAGCUGAAGGACAUCUAGAAAUUGCUCAAAUACUUGUUGAGGCAGGAGCAUCUUUAACUACUUGCGAUCGGUGGGGAUGUACACCGAUCUUUGAUGCAGUGAAUGGAAAACAUCAAAGAUUGACCCAAUACCUUUUCGAUGCACUUCAGGACAACAUUGCACCCACCAGAAGACAUUCUACCUCAUGCUCAACUCCCUUUGGAAUAGAUUCACAAUAUGGUUGCUUGAAUUCUCUCUCAUCGGGACGCUGGAGUCCUUGUUCUCUGGAACGUCUCAAAAGAUAUAUGCAGAAUGAAGAAAAUACCUCAGAAGAAGCGCAAGAGAGUGAAGGAAAAAAUCGAGAUGAUCGAGGAAACUCCGAUCAACUGUAUCACAACUCAAUAUCUCACCUUCAACAAAUCAAUGAGGAAUAUACCCGGAAACAGAAAGAACUCCUUCAAAUAUUUCAACAACAGAAACAAAGCUUAGUUCGAAGAAGAAUGUCUCGAAUUUGUAUAGAUCUGGAAGAUUAAUUCUACAAACUUAUAGGAAAGAGAAAAACUGGGUACGACAAACCUCACUUUUCACGGUUCGAGGUUGAGUCGGGAUUUUCAAAGUCUUUCUGUGCAACUUGAAGCGUGGCCAGAAAAUCUUUGGAA